AUGCCCCCUCCUGAGAAGAAACAGCCUGACCCUAUCAUGCCCCCUGAAGAGAUCGAGCAGCCUCCUACAAGCGAGUUUACCUUGCCCGACGUGGUGGGGUUGACGGGAGAGCAGGCACUCAAGAACAUCCAGGCCGCUGUGCCGCCUUCAUGGAGUGUUUGGAUCAUAGCGCCUGGGGAUACCAUUAUCGCGGAUCAUCGGGAAAAUCGCGUUAAGAUUUUUGUGGAUGAAGCUGGGAUUGUUCGGGACACUCCCAGUGUUGGGUAG